AUGUCACGCGUUUGUCACGGGACUCAAAGUCACAACCUCCCACCUUCGUCAGUCAGCGCGAUGAACUCUCCCGCUCCCGUCAUCUUCAAACGCAACAAGGGCAAGCCAAAGCCCAGAGAGAAGGAAACAGUGCCCAGUGUCUCUGCUGAUGACGGGUCAGAAACACUGGAAGACUCACCGAGCACGUUGGCGACCAAGCUGAAGAAGAAAAUCCAGAAGGCUAAACCCAAAUCGCGAUUGAGCUUUGGUGGAGAUGAAGAGGAAGGCGACGGCGAAGUCUUCAAGGUCAAGAAAUCUAGCUUGAGCAAGAAGAUGAGUUUGGGAAUUCAUCCAGCGACAGUGCCGUCAUCUCUUGACCAAGCUACGAUAUCCACGAAUGACUCCCCCAAGUAUGAUGCUGCGUAUCUCGAGGAACUUAAAGCCAGUACACCAAGCGCCCGACCUCCCCCAAUGAAUGUCGAUCCAUACGAUGCCGAUAUGUCGGUGGACCUCGUCGAUGUCUCGAUGCAAAGUGCCGAGAUGGAUACCGAGGAGACCAUGUCGUUCAUCCCAUCGGAGUCAUCCAUCAAAGUCGCCAAGGAGAAGCGAGGGAGGUUACGGAAAAUGCGGGAUUCAGGAGAGGUGGAAUACAUAUCACUUUCUUUAACAAGAAUUGAGGAUAUGCCUCAAGGACCUCACCCAGAGAGUCGCCUCGUGAGAGAGGAAGACGAACUUGGGGAGGGCGAUGAUGAAUUUGCGGAGUACACCAGUGCUCAAGAACGGAUAGCUCUUGGGAAAAAGUCACGAAAAUUGGCAACCAGUCGCCGCAAAGAAGCAAUGAAGGAGAUGAUUCAGGAUGCGGAAGAAGAGGACGAAGAGACGGCGGAAUGGGAACAAGAGCAACUGCGACGCGGUGGUCAUCGUACACCAGAACCCUCCUCUUCCGCCAAGGUGAAGCAGGUCUACAAAGCGGCCCCAAUACCAUCUGCGACCCCCGUUCCAUCACUCGCUCCUGCUAUUUCGCGGCUGUCAGACCAGCUUGCCCUUUUGACUACCUCACAUGCGAAGAACUCUGCUGCCUUGAACUCUCUCGCACAAGAACGUGCAGAAGUCGACGAUCGGGAAAAAGAAAUGAGAGAGAUGGUUGAAAAAGCUGAAUCAAAGAGGGCCUGGUUCGGAAGCUUCAAAGAAUGGGUAGAGAGUGUCGCAAGUUUCCUCGAUGAAAAGUACCCGCUUUUGGAGAAACUGGAGGAAGAACAUGUCUCGCUCCUGAAAGAACGCGCUGAUAUGGUCGACAAGCGACGACGCGAAGAUGACGAGGAUGAUCUAGCAUUGUUCAUUGGACCUCUCCUUACUAUCCCUUCAACUGUACCAGACCAAGUUGACGAUUUUGGCCGAACGAUCCCAAAUCCCGAUCCAGUACAAGAACGGCGCGAGCGGCGCGUCGCAAGAAUUGCUCGCCGACAAAUACGGACCUUCCAACGCCGGCGACCUGCCGGCGAGGAAGAGGAGGGCUAUUCAACGGAUUCAUCUUUAGCCCCCGCUGAUUCAAACGCGUACACGGAGGCCCUUCAGUCCCUUGCGACGAAACGAAAGGAGGUGCUGUCAGAUGUCAAGUCAGAGGAGUUCCGCGACCCGGGGAAGGGUCGCUGGAAUGUGUGGCGAGAGAAAUAUUCAGACAGCUACGUCGGGGCCUGGGGUGGUUUGGGCGUGGUGAGCGUCUGGGAGUUUUGGGUCCGUUUGGAAUGUGUAGGGUGGGACUGCAUUGAGGAUGGGAGAGACUUGCACAGCUUCAGGUGGUACAAAGGUUUAUACGAAUACUGCAGGCCAGGAGAGGGCAAAAUCGUUGAAGAGAGAGAUUUGGGUCCUGAUGGCGACCUUGUGGCAUCUAUGAUCUCGACUGCCGUCAUCCCCGUAAUAUGCAAAGCGAUCGAAGGCGGUUCUCUGGAUGUCUACUCUCAGAAACAUAUCCGGAGAAUGAUCGAUUUGUCUGAAGAAAUUGAAGCAAGCGUUGAGUCUGGAAACGCGAAAUUUCAUAUGAUCCUCAAAUCCGUGAUGACCGUAUUCCAAAAUGCCAUCUCAGCAACUGAAUCCUCGAUAGCGAAAUACAACAGUGCGCAUCAGAGUGUACCCGGUUUCAAUCCGGACGCCAUCCCUGCCCGCAAGCGAUUCGUGAACCGACGAGUGAAGCUGCUGAAGAACCUCCUUAGAUGGCGAAAAUACACUGGAGAACGCUUCGGCUUAGGCAUGUUGGUUGGCACCUUGGUCGAAAAUUGUAUUAUGACCGUCGCGAAGGGCGGCUGGGAGGUCGGUGGCGAAGACGUUGCGCGGAUGGUGGCCGGGUUGUUACCCGAGGAGCUGAUUCCUUUCUCAUUACAAAGACUUCGAGGACCCCGCUGA